GCCAUUUACGGCAUUUAGAAUUUUAGAUUGGCACUUCCAGUCUUCAACUUGGCAGACACCACUUCAUCAUGGGGUCUAAACUAGGUGACUGUCUCCAGUAUUUUAUUCCCGACUGGCCCUGUGUGCCUCAGAGGUUUAAAAGCGCUAAUGGCAAAGACGGCGAGCCGAGAACUGUCAACUUAUUCCUGGGGUUCUUCUUCAUGGUCAACUUCGUCCUUGGGACUGGUUUCCUGGGGAUUCCUUUUGGAUUCGUUCAUGGUGGCUUACUUGUCGGAAUCAUUACCUUAACUAUUGUAGCUGUCAUGGCUUGGUUGUGUGCUCUUUGGGAAGUUGAAGCUAUGGCCAGAGCACAGGCAAUAUGGGAGUAUCGUUCUUCUGACACUGUGUCUGAUUCAAGUGGAAGCAGUUCAACUCCUUUCCCUAAAUUUUAUAUUGCACAGAACCGGAAGUUUGAACCGAGUGAAUUAUGUGAAGUAUUUGUUGGUCGGUGGCUAAAGAUAGUUUACCUCAUAUUAUUUUCCAUAUACAGCUCCUUAGCCUGCAUCUCCUACUCUACUGUCGUUGGCACUGCAUGGAGUGUUAAUCUUCCUCUCAACUUUGGUUCAUUUCAAGAGUGUUCCGAUACUGAUUUUCUUAAUCGACUGUUGCCAGCGUUUCAUCCCGGUGGCUGUCUCCAUGCGUAUUGGUUCUGUCUCAUGCUCUUUGCCGUCCUUGUCGUUCCGAUAUCACUUUUAGAUCUAAAGGAACAAGCCAUCGUCCAGCUAAUCCUCGGCCUGUUACGGUUCUUUACUCUUGGUGCUAUCAUUAUAUACUGUUUGGUAUACCUCUUUGAAGGAGACACAUUACCUACUUGUGAUGCAGAUAAUAAUGACACAAUGAACUCCAGUUUGUUCUAUGAUAAUAGCACUGAAACUUUUGAAAGUAUGGAUCAUAUUGUUUUUCAUUUCAAUUUCUACAAUUGGGUGGCAGCAAUUCCGGUAUUCGUUUAUGCCUUUAUCCUCCAUCAAGGUAUUCCUGGCCUGACUCAUCCGAUUAGGAAUAAGAAGUAUCUUCGUGGCUACUUUAACCUCUUGUUUCUGCUCAUUACUUUCUUGUAUGGACUCCUGGGGGUCGUGGUGGCUCUAUGGUUUAGAGACUGUGUCAAUGAAACUUGUACACUUAAUUGGCACCCCAUGACCUCAAGUUCUCAUCAUGCUGCUAUACGUGCUCUCUCAUACUAUAUCAUAAUCUUCCCCAGCAUUGACGUCUGCUCAGUGUUCCCACUCAUGAUACAUACCAUCGUCAAUAACAUCUAUACUGUCGUGUUUGGUCGUGAUACCAGUCAAACUACCGGAGUAAAGCACAAGCUGAUACAAGUUGGUAUGAAGUUCACUGCUUCUAUUCUACCAAUCGUUAUCGGUUUCUUUGUCUCUAAUUUGGUAUACGUACUCAAGUAUGCCGGACUUCUUGGCUUUUUCAUUUCACUGUUCUUCCCGAUGCUGUUUCAGCUGUCGUCUCAAUGGGUUUGCUGCCAUUUGUUCACCGUCGGCAAGUCUUCGGAUCGGGUCGCAAAGAACAUUGCUUCGUCUAGUCAAGGGCCGACGAUACAAGAAAAGCAGCCAUUGCUGCCUAAUGGUAAAGGUUCUUUAUACGAGAAGGGUAUAGGCUGGUUUAUAUUCGACUUCCUUUUCACAUUCAAGUACAGGGAUUCGUACAAGACACCUUACUCUACUCCGUUGAGCUAUCCUAUAUGUGUUAUUGGGUUCUUCGUUGUAGCUGUAAUUUGCUUUGUUCUUACAAUUAUCAGCUUAUUUGUUAAAGAGACAUAGAGAUUCUGUAUUACAUGUAUACCUAUAGCUCAUGAAUAAUGUAUUAGUUAUUUUUGCUAAUUAAAAACUUUAAAUAUAA